AUGGUCUAUCAGGAUCAUCUCACAAAGUUUGUUAUAUUAAGAGCCCUGAAAACAAAACACGCUGAGGAAGUAGCGUACAAUUUACUGGAUAUUUUUACACUGAUUGGUGCACCAGCCAUCUUACAAUCGGACAACGGUCGAGAAUUCGUAAACCGAGUGGUCAGUAAUCUUAAAAUAUACUGGCCGAACUUAAAAAUUGUGCAUGGCAAGCAUAGACAUUCCCAAAGUCAAGGGAGUGUCGAACGAGCUAACCAGGAUAUUGAAAACAUGCUUACAACUUGGAUGCAAGAUAACGAUAGCGAACGUCGGAGUGAUGGUCUGCGAUUUGUACAACUCAUGAAGAAUAGGGCGUUUCACUCAGGAAUCAAAAGAACACCUUAUGAAGCUCUUUUUGGGUCGAAAAUAAAAGUUGGCAUAUCUUUGCCUUUUGAGGAUACUCACAACCUGGAGAGCGAAGAAGAUUUAGAAAAAGUGAUGAAAUCAUCUUCAGAAUCUGUAAUAGAUGCGGCUGAGACAUCAGAAACUGAAACAGCUGGCACUCAACCUCUACAGGCACCAGAUCAAUAA